AUGUCUGCCAUUCGCAAAGUUGCUAUCACUGAACCAUUGGUUGAUGUUGUAGAUAAUGCUCAAGUUGUUACUAACAAUUAUUGCUUGAAAGAGGCUUUGGUGACCUUCUUCACAGUCGAGUUCUCUAAGUGUCAUAAAAGAACUGGAUUCUCUACUGGCCCUGAUGUGCAGUACACGCAUUGGAAGCAAACAGUCUUCUACCUUAUGGAUGCUCUUACUGUGAAGAAAGGUGAAGAAAUGACGGGUUACUUCUCUGUUGCACCAAACGCUAGGAACGAACGCGAUCUCGACUUCAAGAUCAAGGUAAAUUUUAGUAUGAGGAUACUGAUCUAUUUAUUUUUACUUUCAUGA